CCUCCCGCAGGUAAUGUUUCUAUCUGCCUAGGGCGGCUGAGAGCACAGGAGAGAUCCACAACUUCAGCUAUCUCUAGGAACUUCCUCUCUCGGUGACACCUGGAGUGACAUUCCCUGCAUAUGGACGACUCUUUUUGUGAUGGGUUGCUUGUUGAGCCUUCUUCUGUGGAUCAAGAUUUAUGGCCGACCCUGGGCUCUAGUCUGUCUCUCAACUGUACCCUGCGACUGAGGAGUGGUUGUAAUGAGACCCUGAACUGGCUAAAGGAUGGAACCAUUGUACCCAAUGAGUACAGAGAGCAGCAGACCUCAUGGAGUGGGUUGAACACGUCAGAAAAGUUUAUCACCAGUAUUCUGGAUGUGAAUGUUACAACCGCAGAGGAUUAUGGGAAAUUCACCUGUUUGCUGCAGAACCUCACAGCAUCAUUCACACUGCACAGGGCAGAUAAGGCUGGUCACGUGGCAGCUGUCCUCUUUGCGUUGUCUGUUCUCGCAGUCCUGGUGGUUGGAAUUAUUCUGUUCCUAAAGUGCCGCCUUAAUGCCAAGCUCUGGUACAGAGAUACAUACGGGGAUCCAGAAAUAAAUGAUGGCCGCUUGUUUGACGCUUACGUAUCCUACUGCCCCUCAAACAUUGAUACAAAAUUCACCAACUUUAUUCUGAAACCUCAUCUGGAGAACAGAUACGGAUACAAACUGCACUUGGAUGAGAGGAACCUUCUGCCCAACACAGAGCCCUCUGCUGAGCUGCUUAUGAAUGUCAGUCGCUGCCGGCGUCUUAUAGUGAUUCUGUCUCUUGGGUACUUGCAGCAGGAAUGGUGCCAGAAUAACUUCAGGGAGGGAUUAGUCCGUUUGCUGGAACUCUCCAAACAACCUCUCUUCAUAUUAUUUGAGAAUCAAUACAGGGAUUUGCCUGGGGAAGUGAUUCACCUCUUGAAUUCCCAACGAGGAACUUUGCGGAUGCUGGUUUGGAAGGCUGGCUCUGUGUCUCCCUCUUCUGGAUUCUGGAAAGAGUUACGUCUAGCUCUACCUCGGAAAAUUGCUCUUCCUGAAGGCAAAGGAGACCCUCAAAUCCUGAGUCAAGAAGACAAAGAUCCCAUGCUGACUCCAAGCAGAGAAACAGCAGAUCCAGACCCUGAUGGUGACCUAGGUGUGCGCCGGUCCUUCUACAAGACAUCCCCUCCUCGAAUGGCACCCGUUACCAUGAUAACUGAUAGGAGAGCUUCAUCAGACAUGGAUGAUGUCUCAGACCUGGGGUCACGGAACUACUCAGCUAGGGCAGAUUACUAUUGCCUGAUGACAGAACCUGAUUUAUAGGAUGAUGUAUGACUGAAGAGAAAAAAAACAACAAGAAGGGAAGAAAGAUUAAUGGCCAAAUUAUCUAAAGCCCACCAGCAUGGAGAUAAAUCAUACAAAGACGCUGGUGGCUUUUUUUUUAAGCAUCACAUUGUACGAUCUUGUGUCUAAUUGCUACCUAUAGCCCCACAUAUUGAGAUAAAUGUCUUUCAAGCUAAACUUUGCCGUUCUAAGAUUCUUUGAGGGACCUCACAGUACAGAGGAGAGCUUUAACGAAACUGUCCCUCUGUGAGAACUAGUUUAUGGAUGGAAACAGAGUGGAGAAUACAGAUUUUCGAGAUAAAUGGAAAGGGUGAAAAAGAAGUACAGUAAUGGCGGAAGGAGAAAAAAACUAAAGAAUUAAGUAAAACUUCACUAUGCAUCAGAGAAUCUCCCAUUGCCACUAACAGAGACAACUAUAAAGUCCACUCCACAGAA